CUGCCCCACCAAAAACACCCACAACUGGGCGGCCGCACACAAAAGCAGCACGCCUGGAUGCACGCCCGCCAUCCACAUUGCAUUUUCGCCCCGACGCCUGGGAUCGUUACUCCGCAGACCCGUGACUUUUCUGCUGCUUGGGACCAACUGCUGCUGCCGUCAUUAUUCCCUCUCUCUCUUCUGGCUCAGUCCUCAAACUUGUGGGCAUCUCAAUUGAAACAAUAACCUCACAUCAAUUCACCUGAUCUCGCCCAACAUGGCUGAUCAAGCCGCCGCCGCCGAUUACACGCUCGCGAACCCGGACACCCUCACCAAAUACAAGACUGCCGCCCAGAUCUCGCAAAAGGUUCUCGAGACCGUCUCGGGAUGGUGUGUUGAAGGCGCGAAAAUCCUGGACAUAUGCCAAAGGGGUGACAAGCUUCUCGCCGAGGAGGUCACAAAGGUCUACAAGGGCAAGAAUGUCACCAAGGGCAUUUCUCACCCGUGUACCGUUUCCCCGAGCACUUACGUGACGCCAUACACUCCGCUGGUUUCGGAUGCCGAAGAGGCAGAGGUUGCGCUGUCCGCCAACGAGGCAGUCAAGAUCCAGCUGGGUGCACAGAUUGAUGGCUUUGGCGCCAUCGUCUGUGACACAGUCGUCGUCCGCGCCAAGGAUGACUCGGAGAAGUCGCUAUCCGGACGAGAGGCAGAUCUUUUGCUCGCGACAUACUACGCCAAUGAGCUUCUGUUGCGUCUACUUUUGCCGCCAGGUCUUUUGGCUCAGGGAACAGACGAGGAGAAGAAGAAGGCGCAAGCGGUGAAGCCAUACAGCCAGUCUAAGAUCACACAGCUGCUGGAAAAGGUGGUGAAGAGCUUCGACUGCAACUUGGUGGAGAACACAACUUGCUGGUUGUUCGAGAGGAAUGAAAUUGAGAGCAAGAAGAAGAUUAUUUUGGCACCCGGAGAAGGCGUCAAGGGCGAGGGCCUUCCCGAGGUGGGCGAUGUAUGGGGUGUGGAAGUCGGUGUCAGUCUCGGUACCGGAAAGGUCAAGACCUUGCCCAAGAGAGCCACUCUUCAUCGACGAACCGCCAUCACGUACGGUCUCAAGCGACCCAGCUCUCGCGCCACUCUGUCCGAGAUUCAAAAGAAGUUUGGUACUUUCCCCUUCAGCUUACGGCAGCUCGAGGAUGAGCGGGCUGGUAAAGUCGGUAUCGUAGAGUGUGUCCGAGGUGGUGUUGUGCGCCAAUACGAGGUCAUCGGAUCUGCCGAUGAGCAGCCCGUGAGCAGACUUUUCACCACAGUUGCGAUCACCAAGAAUGGCGUCCAAAAAAUCUCAGCCCCAGCAGCUCCUGACACUUCGUUAUGGAAGUCGGACAAGAAGAUCACCGAUGAGGAGAUCUUGAAGCUUUUGGAAUUACCAUUGGCCAAGGCCACUACUUCAAAGCCUAAGAACAAGAAAAAGAAGAAGAAGGCUGCGAAGAAGGCCGCGCCAAAGGAGGCAGAGGAGGAAGACGAUGACGAGGACGAUGACGAUGAUGAAGACGACGAGUAAUAUCGCCCGGCUUCAACUUCUGCGAUGCUGUGAUGAAUAGCAUAUUGGGAUGA